AGAAGCCUUCAUUAGUACAAAUUAAUAGAUGUAAUCGAAAAGUAAUUACAGAAUCAGUUUAGAGUAAAAGAGUGAAAUAAACAAAAAUCAAAUGUAACUGAAAUCAAAUAAAAAUUUAACCUCUUUCGAAGUUGGACAUUCGAAGAUUCUUUUUGCAAAAGAUAAAAUCUUUUAAUAUAAGCAAGCGAAAAAAAAAUGGAUUCUCUGAUGGAAUCAGAUCUGUAUGAAUUAAUCGGUGUAGAAAAAACAGCUUCAGUUCAAGAGAUUAAAAAAGCAUAUCGUAGAAAAGCAUUAUGCUGCCAUCCUGACAAAAAUCCAAAUAAUCCAAAAGCAGCCGAGUUAUUUCAUGAAUUGUCACGAGCAUUAGAAAUUCUUACUGAUGUGUCUGCUCGGGCAGCUUAUGAUAAAGUUAUUAAUGCCAAGUAUCAAGCAAAGUUACGUGUUAAAGAGUUUGAUUCAAAGCGUAAGAAAUUAAAAGAAGAUUUAGAAGCACGAGAGAAAGCUUACAAACAAACUUUGGAUGCAGAUUAUAAUGUUCAAUGUGACAAAGAUAAAUUGCAGGCAGAAAUAGAACGAUUACAAAUGGAAGGAUCAAAGCAAGUAGAGGAAGAAAUAGCAUUUAUGAAAAAACACCUUGAAGAACGGUUAAGAGUGUUUUACAAAGAAUCAGAAGUUGACUGUGGUUCAUAUAAGGUAAAAGUGAAGUGGAAGUCCGAUAAGAAUGAGAUAUUGUUACUGUAACAUAGACAUAUUUUUAAUUAUUUUGCUUCUUAUACAAGUGUUUGUUUUUAGUAUGGUGACAUAACUGCCCUUGUUAUUUCUUCUGCUAGAGAAGGCAGAGCAUUAGUAGAGUAUCAAAGGAAGAAUGAUGCAGAAAUAGCUGUAAAUACAGAACUCGGUUUAGCACAAAAUCCUCUUAAACUUCAAAAAUUGUGGCAUGCACCAAAAGAAUCGGGUGUUCCCGCUGAACAAAUUGCUUGUAACGUUAUUAAUUUCGCAAAAAAUGGGCAGGUAAACCAAAGUAUGUCAGAUAUUGAAUUUGAACAUUUUGUAUUGAAUAAUCUAAAAAGAGCAGAAGAAAGGAAGAGAUUUCUGGAAAAGUCAAACGAUUAAAUAACUGUGUCAAUUA